AUGCCUCCGCAAAACCCAAGGCCAACGAGGAAGCGUACGAAGACAUUUACGGGGUGUUGGACAUGUCGGACGCGCAAGAUCAAGUGCGAUGAGUCCAAACCCUGCUGUCACCAGUGUUUUGAAAAGGGUCUGAGCUGUGAGGGCUAUACUGCCCGCCUGCAAUGGCUCACACCAGUCACCGGCAAGAACGUUCAUCGUGCGGAUGACGUACAGGCAUUUUCGCAUGGCCAAAACACAAGACGUCUCAUGCCAUUAGAACCUAUUCAAUCAGUCUUGGGAUGGAAUCAGGUUGACGGGAUCCUUCGCUACAUUGAUUCCUUGGAGUCUGUAGUUAAUAACCGUAGCGAGGAUGUUAGUGCCAACAUCCAGAACUUUGGUGUCUUCAGUCUUCAACAAAACAGCUUAUUGGACUCCGAACAAGUUCCCAGUCCUACGGCCAAGCCAACAAGGCGAACAGGUGAAUAUGAAUUUGUGGGUGACCCAGAAGUGGUAUCACUUGAUUCUGCUGGUACAAACGAUUAUUCCGAAGCAGACAUAUCAUGGAAUCUAUGCAACUCUACGAACCAUGACCUCGCGCUGGAAUUCCCCCAAGCUCACACUACGGUUGACCCGCUCCUGCAGGAGCUUCCAAAAGAGCUACCAAACCUUUCAAAUCAUACACUACAGCUACCACCUGUCGGCUUCGAGGAAAUAUAUACACUGGCCGGGUUGAAAUAUGCAAACAAUCCAAUCAGACAGUUCACACCGCCAGCUCCAUCGAUACCCAACGGCUUGGAUGAUCUGGUAGUUCCCUCACAAGAGCGAUUCUUGAUGGGACACUACCGGAAUAGGGUCGUGAAUAUAUUUUGCGUAAUCGACAAUGUGAAGAGCCCGUGGAAGACCAUUCACCUGCCCCGAGUUCUCCAGUGUGGUGGUGAGCUGAGCUUUGGAGGGACCACAACGCGAAUUCGCAACGCAUUGCGGAACUCUUUGCUGUCAAUCAGUGCAUUCUACUUCUCAAAUGAUCUUAGAUCUAAUCAACGCGUUGAAGAGGCAGAGAAUUGGGGCACCAUUGCUUCAAGAUAUCGUUGCGAUGCGAUCGGCCUUCUGAAAUAUGCCGUUGAGACCGAUCUCUAUGCCGAUGAGAAGCCAAGAUACAAGGAAUUCCUCGCAACUAUGCUCUCUAUGAUCACGAUUAAUUUCGUGCAGGUCAUGUCAGGGGAUACGAGAACCUGCAGUGUGCAUUUGGAUGGAGCAGAAAAGCUCAUCACCCAUAUGGCCGCUCAAAAGUCUUCUUUUUCCAGAAAAGCCCAAUCCCUUCAUCGGAUUUAUCUUUAUUUGCGAGUGAUAUACGAGAGCACGGCUAUCAGGCGAUAUAACAGCUCAGGAUCUCGCUUCGCCCCCUGGUUGGGAUCAGCAAAGACCGUGGGGCCACAGCCAAUACUCCCAAGCACCAAUGCGUUUAUCGAGGAGGAAGAUACCCCCCUCUCAAUGAUGCCUAUGGAAUGCACCGCCCCAAUCCAAACGCCGGUCUCCAAAAUAUCUGCUUAUGAGUGUAUAUACGGUAUCCCUGAGAACCUCCUGCUCUUACUCAAACAAUCCAUCGAAGUCAUCGACGAAGUAAAUCACCACCGUGAAAAAGGUGGAGGCUCCUUCAUACCGGAUUACUUGAACCAAAUAUGCGACGAGCUGGAGCAAGAGAUCAUGGAUUGGCCCAUUGAAGAGCGUCUACAACGAUGCAAGGAGGCAAAAAACGGCAUUAGCGCCAACAUCAUUUACCACCAAACUCGAGCCUUCCUCAAUGCACUCAUUAUAUACUUCUCCCAAAGUAUAAGGCAUCUAAGUCAUCGCUACUUGAGACAAUAUGUGCAGAACAUUCUCGAGAGCAUCGAAGCAAUUGAGCAGCUGAAGGCCGAGACAAAGAUCCUAGCUGCACCACUCUUCUGGCCUGCCUUCAUGGGUGCUACAGAGGCUUUCGAGGCACGACAGCAAGAGCGUUUCCGGCAGUGGUAUGAGCGUGCUGAGAUAUAUGGGAUGGAGUGCGUGAGAACUGGGAUUCAAGUCUUACACGAAGUUUGGAGACGUGGGCCCUCUAAAAGUCGGGAUAUACAGCCUAGUUGGUAUAGGAUCGUAGAACAUACCGGGGAUUGUCUGAUGUUAACGUGA